AUGAAUGUACAACCCCAGUACACUGGUUUAAAGUCGAAGAGGCUUCGACUCGCGACGAUGGAGACGAUGAAGUGCUUCCAUGCCAUGGAAUUUGAGUGUGAUUGGCGGGUUGUGUUGGGCGCCUUGAUGGCUGUGGCUGCGGCCUCUCCCCCCGCCCCCUACGUUCACGGCUACCACGACUACGGCUACGCGGCCCCCAUCGUGAAGCACGCCGUCCAUGCCGUCCCCGUCGUGAAGCACGCCGUCCCCGUCGUCCACGCCGUCCCCGUCGUCAAGUCCCUCCAUGCCGUCUAUGCUCCCAGGCACCAACACCACUCCCAGGACGCAUGGGGCAACUACAACUACGGCUACGCAGACAGCAACUCUGCCAAGGAGGAGACCAAGGUCGGCAACACGGUCGUCGGCUCCUACAGCCACGUAAACGCUGACGGCACCCUCACCAAGAAUGACUACGUCGCCGACGAAUUCGGGUUCAGGUCCAGCCUGGCUCCCACGGCCGCCAAGGACUUCGCCCCCAAGGUCGCCGUCGCCUAUGAACCCCACCUCGCCUACGGCCACGCUGUUCCCUAUGCCCAUGCUGCCCCCGUUGCCUACAAGGCAGGUCUUGCCUAUGCCGACCCCUGGGCCGUGCCCGCUUACAAGGCCGACCCCUGGGCCGCGCCGGCUUACAAGUCCUUCAACUAUGGCUACCACUAUUAAAUGAGUAAUUUCGUCGUUUUCUUCCCCUGCUUCCUCGUCUCGUGUCUCCCUGUCUGCUUCUUUAAGAAAACAAAAAAAAAAAUUGGGAUUCCACCGGGCAUGAAGUCAUAUUGACCAGACUGUAAAAGAAAAACCCAAAAAGUUGUUCACAUCGGGAUCAAUAUGCCAAUCGGAUGUUACCUUCCCACAUGUCCACGUGACUUGUCCUGUGUUCCGGUCUUGUGUUCCCGUGUGUUCAGACUCGCUCAAUAAAAGUAUUGCCGUCUGUGUUUUUUGUACA